UCUCUCAAUUGUUAAGAGAAAUUUCUUGAAUCGGAUCGCCAUGAAAGUUGAAGUUCGGAGCAAAGAAAUAAUCAGGCCAUCGUCUUCUCCAACGCAAGAAAGCCGCCUCAAGAACUACAAACUCUCUCUUGUGGAUCAAACAGCUCUCAACUUCAGGGUUCCAUUCGUCUUCUUCUACAACUCCCCCAGUUCAUCAGGACCUUCUAAUAAUCCUACCAUUGAUGAGCUCAAGAAAUCGCUCUCCAAAACCCUGUCUCUAAUGUACCCGUUGGCGGGGAGGAUGAAGGAGGACAAGGUGACAAUCGAAUGUAACGACGCCGGCGUCGAGUUUAUCGUCGCCGAUGUUGCUGAAAACCUGUCGUGUUUGCUCGACAAUCCUGAAAUGGCGGCCUUCAGAGAGCUGAUUCCUCGUACGGCGUCGUAUGAGCCCAGACCGGAAGGAAAGGUACUGUUAAUGAUUCAGGUGAAUCGGUUUAGGUGUGGGGGAAUGGCUAUGGCGGCGUUCGUUUCCCACGCCGUUGCCGACGGUUUAACCGUCGCCACGCUCUUCAAAACUUGGGCGACCAUCAACCGCGGCUGCGCCGCCGUCAACGGAAUUAGCGGAUUCGUUUCCGACCAGUCUAGAAUCUUCCCGCCUUUGACGGAUACUUCCGGCAUUGAACAGUUAGCGAGAAACGCGGCGGAGGAAUCGGCCGCCCAGCCGCCGGAGAAAUACACGGUUAGAAUGUUCGUCUUUACCGCCAACGCGAUAUCUCAACUCCGUGAACAAUUAACGGUGAAGGACACCAACACCGGCGCUCUUCUACGCCCGUCGCGCACUGAGGCGUUGACGGCGUUAGUAUGGUCGGCGGUGAUAAAAGCCGCAAGCCCAACUGUGAACUCUCACAGGUUAUCCUGCAUGGUGAAUUUGAGGAGCAGGAUGGAGCCGCCGCUGCCGCCGAACUGCAUCGGCAACUUGGUCCACGGAGCCACCGUUGAAUGGGAGGAGAAGGAAGGGAGCGCAACCGCCGUUCAAUUGGUGCAGAGAAUACGCGAUUCUCUCCGAGCUGUGAACGACGGAGUGGCGAGGAAGAUGUACGGCGAAGGAGGGUUGUUGCGGGCGGCGUUGGCCGGAGGCGGCGGUGAAAUAGUGCGCAAGGGAGACAGUAAUUCAAAGAAAGAUUCUUCCUACUGUUUGUACACAUCUAGUUUGUGUGGGCUUCCGUUUUUCGAAGCUGAUUUCGGGUGGGGGAGGCCAAUACGGGUGGUGAAUGUGUUGAAGGAUUCCGCAGCUUUCAUGGACACCAUUAAUGGAGGAAUAGAACUUUGGAUGGGAUUGCCCAAGGAGGUUAUGCAGGCGUUAAUGCAAAACCACCACUUUCUUGGCUAUGUUUCUGGCUUUCCUAAAUCAAGCCUAUGAAUCCAAUAGGCUCUUCCAGAAAUAAUGAUAAUUAUUAUGUAUAACUCAUUUGAAUGUGAGAAUGGAUGGCCAAACCCGUGCGUGAUUGAUUCAGUAUGUACUA